AUGACAUCGCUCUUUGAUUACGCAGCAAAGGAUGAUGUUUUUAACCUCAAAAAGCUUAUUAACUCAGGUGCUGACAUCAACCGAACAAAUGAAAACAACGAAACAGCGUUACAUUUCGCAGUAGUCAAAGGAAAUGUCAAAGCAACAAGACUGUUAAUUUCAUGCGGAGCAGAUCUUAACAUUCAGACAGCUGUAUUCGGCGAAACCCCAUUACAUUUGGCUGUUCAACAGAAUAAUCGUGAAUUAAUCAAUUUAUUAUUAGACGCUGGCGCUGAUCCGAACGUUAAGAAUUGCGAUGACGAAGGACCAAUCUUUACAGCUAUUCGUUGGGGAAACCCAGAUAUAAUAUCACUUCUUGCAGAUAGAGGUUGUAUUCUUAACGACGUCAACAAGUUUGGACAGACACCAUAUGGUGUAGCAACUCAUUUCCAAAGUCGCAAAUCUACAAGCGCUCUUGUUAGCUGCGGUGUAACUCCACAGAUUUCAGGAGUUCCAAGUAUUCUUUCACUCGAUAAGAUGAACAAGCCACUUGUUGGUGGAUCUGAAAAGAAGAAAGUUUUCGGAUUCCGCCAAUCACCGCCAGGAAUUUCAGAUCUCUUCGAAGUCGUUUCUACAAAUCAAGUCCAAGUUUUACAAGAUCAGCUUAAGAAAGGUAUCAAAAUCAACGAAGUUGCUAACUUCAACAAAGAAACUCUAUUACAUUCUGCUGUUUUAUAUGGUUCUACAGACUGUGUUGAAGUUUUGAUUCAAAAUGGCGCACUCGUUAACGAGAAAACAGAGUUUGGUUUGGAAUCCCCACUACAAAUUGCCAUUCGCGAAGGCUUUUUCGAUAUAUUCUUCCUCUUAAUUCGUAAUGGUGCAGAUAUCGAGUCAGAAAACUGCGAUGGCGAAACUCCAAUCUUCCAAGCAGUUAAAGCUAACAGAAUAGAAAUGUUUAGAGUCCUUGUUCGUCGUGGAGCAGACGUUAACCAUCAAAAUGUCAGUGGAUUUACUCCAAUUAACUUUGCCGUUCUUGCAUCCAACAAGUUCAUGGUCGAAGCAUUAUUAUUCUACGGAGCCACAUUCCCACAAGGCCAAUUCAACCCUUACAUGUUCGCAUUUAAAGCUGGAGAUGACGAAAUCGCGAACAUCAUACAAUGCGAGAGUCCAAACCUUGCAGAAGAGACACGUUUACCACCAAACUUGUUCCAGAUCAUCAAAGCAAACAACAUGGAUGAACUUCAAGCUCUAAUUACAAAAGGUUUCCGUCUUGACCUUGUUGAUAGCCUUGAAGGUUCUCCAUUGCAUUGCGCUUGCAGAGCAGAUGCUAUUGAUUGCGUUAAAUUGUUGAUUGAAAGUGGAGCCGAUGUAAAUAUCAUUGAUAUUCAGAAUCGCGAAACUCCAUUUAUGACAGCGAUCAAUUCUCAAUCAGAACAAAGCAUCAGAGAGCUUUUGCAGAAUGCAGAUGCCGAUCUCGUCAAUGUCAGGAACAAAGAAGGUGAAACAUCAUUGUUCUACGCGGUCAGAAAGAACAAUUACAACCUUGUUAUGGAUUUAGUAACAAAAGGUGCCGAAAUCAACACUUAUAACAAUAAUGGUGUUACUCCUCUUUACGUUGCAACAGGCCUUAAAUACACAGACAUCGCGAGGUAUCUUAUGGACAAUGGAGCAGACAUUACAUGCGAAAUCCAUCAGUCCAUCAAACUCGCACAAGAUAUGAAUGAAAGAGAACUUGUUGAUGUUUUGUCAUCUAAACCAGUUACUCGAGAUAAUUCUAGAACAGCUCGUUCUGAUCUUCGAAAGUCAAGACUUGGCUCUAGAUGCACAACAGCGUCAACACAAGGAAGACAGAGUUCUUUGACAAUGAGAUCAGGAAAUACAACAUUGAAUAAUAGUAGUACAUUAGCUAAUGCUCUUGCAAAUACAUAUGGAACAAUAACUCUUGGAAGAGAUGAAGAAAAAACAUUCCAACUUCCUGAGAAUUUCCAGGAAGGUUUGUGCGUUGUUUGCCAGAGAAACAAAGCUACUCAGAAGCUUAUUCCUUGCAACCAUGUUUGUACUUGCCAUGGAUGCAUCAAACAGUUCAUCGAGAUGCAGAUUCCUUGUCCGUUCUGUGGCCUGAAAUUCUAUGCUACAAAGCCAGCGGGAGAGUAA